UAAAAAAUACACACAGGAGAGAAGCCUUACUCCUGCUCCAACUGUGGAAAAUGUUUCAAAACAACAACUCAGCUAAAACUUCAUCAGAGAACACACACAGGAGAGAAGCCUUAUUACUGCUCUGACUGUGGAAAACGUUAUAAAACAUCAACUCAGCUAAAAGUUCAGCAGAGAACACACACAGGAGAGAAGCCUUUCUUCUGCUCUAACUGUGGGGCGAGUUUCUCUCAUCUGGGCACCUUAAAAUCACACCAACGUAUACACACAGGAGAGAAGCGUUACGUCUGCUCUGACUGUGGAACUAGUUUCUCUCAAUUUUCCCACUUAAAAACACAUAAACGUGUACAUAUAGGAGAGAAGCCUUACCUCUGCUCUGAUUGUAGAAAAUGCUUCACAACAUCAACUGAUCUAAAAGUUCAUCAGAGAACACACACUGGAGCGAAGCCUUAUUCUUGCUCUGGCUGUGGAAAAUGUUUUAAAACCUCAAAUGAACUAAAAGUUCACCAGAGAACACACACAGGAGAGAAGACUUACGUCUGCUCCGACUGUGGGAAGAGUUUCUCCCAAUUGUAUACCUUAAAAACACAUGAACGUAUACAUUCAGGGGAGAAGCCUUACUCCUGCUCUGGCUGUGUAAAAUAUUUCAAAACGUCAACUGAGCUAAAAGUUCAUCAGAGAACACACACAGGAGAGAAGCCAUAUUACUGCUCUGACUGUGGAAAAUAUUUCAAAACAUUAAAUGAGCUAAAUGUUCACCAGAGAACACACACAGGAGAGAAGCCCUUCUUCUGCCCUGACUGUGGAACUAAUUUCUCUCAACUUUCCCACUUAAAAUCACAUGAACGUAUACAUACAGGGGAGAAGCCAUACUCCUGCUCUGACUGUGGAAAAUGUUUUAAAACAUUAUAUGAGCUAAAAGUUCACCAGAGAACACACACAGGAGAGAAGCCUUACGUCUGCUCUGACUGUGGAAAGUGCUUCACAACAUCAACUGAUAUAAAAGUUAAUCAGAGAACACACUCAGGAGAGAAGCCUUACGUUUGCUUAGACUGUGGAAAGAGUUUCUCUCAACUUUCCCACUUAAAAUCACAUGAACGUAUACAUACAGGGGAGAAGCCAUACUCCUGCUCUAACUGUGGAAAAUGCUUCAAAACAUCAACUGUGCUAACAGUUAAUCAGAGAACACACACAGGAGAGAAGCCUUUUUACUGCUCUGACUGUGUAAAAUGCUUCACAACAUCAGCUAAGCUAAAAGCUCAUCAGAGAACACACACAGGAGAAAAGCCUUACUCCUGUUCUGACUGUGGAGUGAGUUUCUCUCGACUUGAUACUUUAAAAACACACCAACAUAUACAUUAAGGAGAGAAGCCAUAGUCCUGCUCUGCCUGUGUAAAGUGCUUCAAAACAGCAAAUGAGCUAAUAGUUCAUCAGCGACCACAUGCAUGAGAGAAGCCUGCUUACGUCUGCUCUGACUUUUGGGUGAGUUUCUCUCACCAUAGCAACUUAACACACCAGUGUAAACACACAGGAGAGAUGCCUUACCUCUGCUCUGUGGAAUGGUGGGCGUGUAACUCAAACUUCUAGCCAAAGUUUGAGUGUUUGAAUCUCAUCAAGGAGGACUUUAGCAUUUUAGCUAAUUAGUAACUUUGCAACUACUUACUACUUUGUAGCUAUUACUUAGCAUUUUAGCUUAGCAUGCAGCUACUUAGCAUGUUUGCUAACCUUUCCCCUAAACCCAUUUAACUCUACCUUAAACCCCUCACCUAGCUAACGUUAGCAACAACAAAUUGGAAUUGGAAACAUAUCAUACAUCUUACACGUUCGCAACAUAUUGUAUGAAUAACAAUGCGUAAAAUAACAUAUGAAUUGUAAUUCUUAACAUACGAUACGUCCUACAAGUCGUAUUAUACUGAACAACAAUCUCAACGCAACAAUUUCUAAUAUUUACAGGUUGUAUAAGGAAAUCAGUCAAUUUAAGUCAAUGAGACCCAAAUCUACGGAUUUCACAUGACUGGGAAGG